GAGGAAGCAGACGGAGAAACGUGCUAUUUAUUGGGAUCGUUGAGUGUUUAUGUGGUUGCCAUACUGUACGAAGGCGGAAACGAGCAGGAACCAAUUGAUCGUUUGAUCGAAAGUGGUAAUUUGAUCGCAAGCAAAGACGUCUCCGGUGAAGGAGAUGAUGAAUUGCUGGCCGGUCGUGCUGGAUUCUUGGCUGCCGCGCUCACCCUCAGGGAACAUAUCAAGAAAAAAAUUAUUCCUGACCACUGCAUCAGAGGUGUUCUGAACAAAAUGAUUGACUCCGGUCGACGUUAUGCAGCUGCGGGACGGUUCCCCGUGCCGCUAAUGUAUCGCUAUUACGGUCGUCACUAUCUGGGUGCGGCACAUGGUGUGAUGGGAAUUUUACAGAUGUUACUUUGGUAA